AUGGCGACGAAGAAGGUCAUAGCUAUAUGUAAAGCUGGAGGACAGUUUGUGACUAAGAAAGACGGAUCAUUAGCUUAUGCCAAUGGAGAUGCUAACGGAGAUGCUUACGCCAUUGACAUCGAUCAUAACACUUCCAUGACCGAUUUCAUGUCCGAAUUGGCUGAGAAAUUUGAGUUUAGCUGGGAGGCUAUGACCCUCAAGUACUUCCUCCCUGGAAACAAGAAAACCCUAAUCACCAUCUCCAAAGAUAAAGACUUCAAACGCAUGAUCAGCUUUUCCGCAGACGCACCAAAUGUCGAAGUCUUCGUCUUACCUAAGGAAGCUAAUGCCAGGAACGUCUCCAACAUGCCAGCUAGUAGGUCAAGUGGGACAACAGCAUCAGAAGCAGUGGUACCUGAAGUUUCUGGAGGCGAUGUUGUUCUUGGAGGAGAUGAUGAUGAUGAUAUGAUAACAGAUGAUUUCGGUAUGGAUUUGGUGAUAAUCCCUGACGAAAGCAGCUCUCUGCCGUGCAAUUUCGUCCUGACUGACGAGAAACAGCAUCUCAAAGCAGCGCAGCAGUGGGAAAACACCAUCACAGGCGUUGAUCAGAGGUUCAACAGCUUCAUAGAGUUCAGAGACGCGUUGCACAAGUACUCGAUCGCUCACGGUUUCACUUACAAGUACAAGAAGAACGACAGCCACCGUGUCUCGGUCAAAUGCAAAGCUGUAGGCUGUCCAUGGCGUAUCACUGCGUCUAGGCUCUCGACCACGCAGCUAAUCUGCAUCAAGAAAAUGAACCCUAGGCACACGUGCGAGAGAGCGGUUGUGAAAGCGGGUUACCGAGCGACGAAAGGCUGGAUUGGGAGUAUUAUAAAGGAGAAGUUGAAAGCUUUUCCUGAUUACAAGCCGAAAGAUAUCGCAGGGGAUAUUAAGAGAGAGUAUGGGAUUGAACUGAAUUACUCACAGGCUUGGAGAGCUAAAGAGAUUGCUAGAGAGCAGCUUCAAGGCUCUUAUAAAGAAGCUUAUAGCCAACUUCCGUUUUUCUGCGAGAAGAUCAAGGAGACGAAUCCUGGAAGUGUUGCCACUUUCACGACGAAGGAAGAUUCGAGCUUCCAUCGUCUCUUCAUAUCGUUCUAUGCGUCGAUAUCCGGGUUUACACGUGGCUGCAGACCGCUCCUUUUCCUUGAAAGCGCCGUCUUGAACUCCAAGUACCAAGGGGUCAUGCUUGUUGCUACAGCUCCUGAUGCUGAAGAUGGAGUGUUUCCAGUAGCGUUUGCUGUUGUGGAUGCUGAGAGUGAAGAGAACUGGGUUUGGUUCUUGGAGAAUCUCAAGUUGGCACUGGCUGAUCCUCGGAGAAUCACAUUCGUAGCAGAUUUCCAAAACGGUCUCAAGAAUGCAUUGCCUCUAGUGUUUGGAGAAGAACACUAUCAUGCCUAUUGUCUUCGCCAUCUCGCUGAGAAGCUAAACAUGGACUUGAAGGCUCAAUUUUCUCACGAGGCAAGACGGUUUAUGCUCAACGAUUUCUAUGCAGCCGCUUACGCAGCACGGCCUGAGGGGUAUUACCAGUCCUUGGAGAACAUAAAGAACAUCUCCCCUGAUGCUUACGCUUGGGUUAUUGAGAGUAAACCACACCAUUGGGCUAAUGCUUUGUUUGAAGGAGAGAGAUAUAACCACAUGAACUCCACUUUUGGGCUAGAUUUCUACAGCUGGGUUUCCGAGACACACGAGCUGCCUAUAACUCAAAUGAUAGACGAAAUGAGAGCGAAGCUGAUGCAGUCGAUAUACACACGUCAGGUACAGUCCCGGGAAUGGGUUACAACGCUCACACCAAGUAACGAGGAGAAGCUACAGAAAGAAGUCGAACUCGCAAAGUCGCUUCAGGUUCAACAGUCUCACAACAGCUUAUACGAGGUUCACGGUGAAUCCAUCAACGUGGUUGAUAUAGAUCAGUGUGACUGCGACUGUAAGCAAUGGAGACUAACGGGUUUACCUUGUAGCCACGCUGUUGCAGUGGUGAAUUGCAUCAUCGAGAAAAGCCCUUUUGAUUACUGCUCAAGAUACUUUACUGUGGAGAGUCACAGGUUAACGUAUGCUGAGUCCAUUAACCCUGUCCCCAAUGGGAUGCUGAUGAUGACAACGACGGCGGUGGAGGAGCCGCCCGUUGAGGGGGUUGUUGUUUCGGUAACGCCACCGCCGACGAGGAGGACACCGGGGAGGCCAAAGAGUAAGUUGGUGGAACCGAUUGACAUGAUCAAGCGUCAGCUUCAGUGUAGCAAAUGUAAGGGCUUAGGACACAACAAGAAGACCUGCAAAGCUGUGUCCGAAGUAUAG